CUAUUAGGAUUGUUAUAAUGGAGAGCGAAGCACCGAACACCAAUAUUAUCACUCUCACAAGACACAUUCUUACUGACCAGUACCGACUUGGCGCUGAAGCAACCGGAGACUUGACGCUCUUGCUCACCAGUAUUGCACUCACAUCCAAGUUCCUGGCUCACAAUGUGCGCCGGGCCCGACUCAUCAACUUGGUCGGCCUUGCAGGGGAAACUAACAUCCAGGGAGAAGAGCAGAAGAAGCUUGAUGUGCUUUCGAAUGAUAUCAUGAUCAAUUCCCUCCGAGCGUCUGGCAAAACGGCUGUACUCGUCUCGGAAGAAGAUGAGGAGGCUAUUAUUAUCGAGGAUAAAUACAAAGGGCACUACUGCGUCGUUUUUGAUCCGCUCGAUGGUAGCAGUAACAUCGAUGCCGGUGUGAACGUUGGUACUAUUUUCGGUAUUUAUCGGGUGCCUGAAGGGUCUCCCGGUACUAUCCAAGAUGUCCUUCGACCAGGGAAUGAAAUGGUUGCUGCUGGGUACACGAUGUACGGAUCAUCCGCCAACCUGGUAAUUACCACUGGAAAUGGCGUGAAUGGUUAUACUCUCGAUAACGCACUCGGAGAGUUCAUCCUUACCCAUCCUGACAUUAAGAUUCCUCCACGCGGCAAGAUUUAUUCCUUCAAUGAGGGCAACUCCCGUUAUUUCCACGAGCCAGUCGUCAAAUACCUCGAAUCUAUCAAAUAUCCUGCAGAUCCGAAGAAGAGUCCUUACAGUGCUCGUUAUAUCGGUUCCAUGGUGGCCGACGUACAUCGCACGUUGCUCUAUGGGGGUAUUUUCGGUUAUCCGGAUGAUAAAAAGAGCAAGAAUGGGAAGCUCAGAUUAUUGUAUGAGGCAUUCCCCAUGGCGUUCUUAACCGAACAAGCCGGAGGAGUUGCUACUACCGGAACGAAGCGUAUUUUGGACAUUGUGCCCACUCAGAUUCACCAGCGUACUGCUGUGUUCCUUGGCAGCAAGGACGAUGUUGAAGAUCUCAUGAAGUUCUACGCUGAACCUUUAUCUGCGGCGAAACCACAUAACGGUGAUGCGCGUUUUUGAGGUUAUGACUAAGGAUUCCUGUCGUUCUUCUUUUGAUUUGAUGUCAACUUUCUUUUGUUGAUGACGAAAAACACUUUGCUUGCAUUGACUUUGUUGUCCCCAUGAAGAAAGUUUCGGCAUGCUGUACCCAACUCCUCGAAUCGGUACAUCACGACUUAUAGGGACAUGCGGAU